AUGAAAGCGGAUCUGCUUCAGUUUGGAUCCAUGCUCACGUGGUGGUGGUUGCCAUCGCUCGGCUCGCAAGUGCUACUUAACGUGAGCUAUACUCUACGCAUCCUGACACCUCCACCGCCUGGCUCGGCUGGUCAACGCAACAAGCAUGUCCAACUGGCACGCACGAUCGUGAUUCUGGGGACGUUGGUGUACCAGAUGGUGCAAGCGGCGAUGGAGGCGCCACCGAACUACUACGAGCUUCUGGCACUACCGCUGGAUGUGGAUGUGGAAGGCGUACGUCGAUCGUUUCGUUCGGUGGCGCGCAAGUACCAUCCUGACAAAGUGGGUGAGGCAGGCGAGGCGCUGUUCAUAGUGGCACGACGCGCGCACGAUGUGCUUUCGGAUCCCAACAAGCGCUUCGGCUACGACCGAUUUGGCGACGGUGUAGCUGAUUGGAGUGAGUGUGAGUCGCAGCGCGAUUUUCUGCGUCGUGGACUCACCGGCAUGGUGGCAUUCUACACAAUUAACCCUGCCAUGUACGCGAUAUUCGGCUAUUUCAACGGCGCAGGAGCAAGUGGUGUCUCUUUCUGGCGUCUAGCAUCGCUCCUGUCCAUGCUCGCCCUGGAACUCUGCCUAUUGGUCAGCCCAGACUAUCCAACAUGGAUGUCACUCCUGUUGCCCAACACGACCAUCUUUGAUAUACGCCAAUUGCUUCGCUCUCUGUUUGUCAACUUCUUCUUUGCAUCCAUCCAGCUCAGUGCCGCAUUGGACGUGCUCGAAUAUGCAGACUCUCCUCCAUUGAGGAACAGUGCCGAUAGAGCAAGAACCGCCGAGGCACACUUGACAGCGAUCAGGGCGAGAGCACAGGCAUUGGACAAAAUAUCUGAAGCACUCAAGACCGGAAUGCUACAAAGCUUGGCGAGCGAGCUAAGACCGUUCCGGGACAGAGCAAACGAGGUGGAUGAUGACGAGAAGGGGGAGGCGUUAAGCAAGAUGAGUAGGCAGGAGCAAGUGUUGUUCGCCAAGAUCGAUAGGGUGCUGUUGGGCAGGAGCUUGAUUGAGCAGCAUCCGCAAUUGAUGGCUAUGGCUCACGAGGAUGGUCAGCACGUCAAGGUAGAGGAGCAAGCGCAAGCGGAGACGGACGAACCGAUCAAGGUCAAGCAAGAGAUGUCGGAGCCAGAUUCGCCCGAGACCAGCAUCGCGCCGAAAGCGGGACCGGUGCAUGACACUGGCGGCCUUGUCAAGGCAGAAGUCUCGGAGGAAUGUUUAGCCGGAACAGCGGCGGUGCGGAUGCCAGAUGACGCGCCUGGAUCCGAGCGAUCCGAGGUGGAUCCGACAUGUGCACGCGCACAACACGUGUCGGACAGUGCAAUCGAAGCAAAGCGUUGCGAACAGUACGCUCCAGAUACCUCGCCGACUGAGGCAGUCACGGCGAGUGCAGCGGAUGCAACCACUGCAACGGCUGCAGCAGCAGCUGCUAGUCAGAGCGACGCGCAUUCGCGUUACGACGGCGCAUAA